AAUUAAUAUUUAUCGGUGAAAAUACCGCCUAUUUUCCAAUUUUUCUGAAUAAUAAUAAUAAUAUCGAUUUCAAUUACCCUGUUGUAGUCUGUGAUCUUUGCACAAAAGGACCAGUGUCCGGUAGACAUCGGCAUGCGGUGGUCGGCGUGAGAUGGACGGUAUACAAAUGGAGCCGAUCGGCAAGUACAAAGCCGACAGAAACGGUUCUGCGAAAGCAGCUGCUUGGCGUAAUAUGGUCGACCAGGAUUUGGACGAUGUCGCUUUUUUGGCCGACACGGACAAGGCCCGCGAAGCCCGGGAGCUCCGCGAGGCGCCCGUGGCAGUGUGCUCUCAGCGCAGGGCGCUCUGCCUCGCCGCGCUAGUAUUCUCAGCUAUGUUCGCUACUGCGCUACUAGUCGUCUACGCUACGCCUCAAGCCGAUUGCCCUUGCGCCGGAGAAAACCCUUUGAUACCAGGACAGCAACCGACUUCAGACGCCAGUAACACCGCUGCCAACAAAGAGAGAAUAGCUACCAACGGCGCGGUGUUUCCGUGGCGCGGCGCGAGGUUGCCCACAUUUGUCAUUCCGAAGCAUUACAGCCUGUGGCUGCACCCCAACUUGACCACUGGGGAGCUAAGGGGAGAGGUGUCCAUAGACUUCAAAGUGGACAGAGACACUACCUUCGUGGUGUUGAAUGUGCGCGACAUGAAUGUGACGGAACGAGCCCUGUUCAGGAGUGGGGGGGCGCUCGGGCCUAAAGUGGUGAAGACUUUGGACUAUCUGCCGGCUGAACAGACCUAUAUAGAGUUCAAGGAGAAACUCCGGCGCAAAUACAACUACACCCUAAGCCUCAGGUUCAUCACGAAAUUGGAGAAGAACGACAAGCGUCGCGGAUUCUUCAUGACCGGGACUCACAAGCAUCGCUGCGCAGUGUCACGGUUCUGGUUGACGCAUGCGCGUUCAGCGUUCCCCUGUCUGGACGAGCCUCACCUCAGGGCCACCUUCAGGUUGACAAUCGUUAGGGACAGGUUUCACGUGUCCUUGACAAAUAUGCCCAUCAUGGCGACGGAGGAAGCUGGCUUCUAUUUAGGACAUCGUCUGCUCCAAGACGAGUUCGCGCAAUCCCCACCGAUGCCGCCCCACAUGGUGUCGCUGGCCGUGUGUCGGCUCCAGCGUCGCGCCGCGCCCCCGCUACCCACCGACGCUACGGUCAAUGAAACUGAACUUACUACAGCAGAGACUUACACUACGACCGAUGUGGAAGAUGAUUUUGUACUGCCCCCGCCUGAAGUCAGCCUGUAUAGUGACCAACAAGUGAUACUUGAUGAGUCUGGGCCUCUUCUGGAGUGGGUGCAGAAGACAAUACAACAUUUUGCAUUUGAACUGAACACGUCAUAUCCUUUACCUAAGUUUGAUAUCGUGGUGGUUGAAGGUGGGAACCAGUAUUCGGAAGGCUGGGGACUCAUCACCCUGUCUCCAGCGAUGCUCUCCGACACCAAGAUCAUAGCCAGGCUACUGGCACAGCAGUGGUUCGGCGGCCUUGUGUCCCCUCGGUGGUGGAGUUCCCAAUGGCUGAUGGAAGCCCUGACCUCGGUACUGGCCGAGAAGGCCCCGGCCUUUGGUGACCUCACGGCUGAAAGACAACUCGACGCGCUACUGUUGGACCACGUUCUACCCGCAUUGAGACUAGAUUCCAGUAACACAGUGCGCGCAGUCGCAUCGCCAAGACUCGAGCGAGCCGACAUAGAGGCCGCUUCUGACGAACUCUCCUUGCACAAGGGCGCGGCCAUAGUGAGCAUGGCGGUGGAGGCGGCGGGCGAGGCGGCCGGCCGCGCCGCGCUCGCGCGCCUGCUGCGCGACCACCGCGCCGCCAGCGCAGACGCCAGGGACCUGUGGCGGGCCCUGGAGCGGGGCAGCGGCGGGGCGCCGGCGGGCGCGGCGUGGGACGGCUGGUGCGAGCUGCCCGGCUAUCCCCUGCUCUGCACCCACGCCGUAGGAGACGACGUGCACGUGCGGCAAGAGAGAUUCGUGAUGCAAGCGCCGACUCCUCAAGAUGAACCGUCUCUGGUGGAAUUUGUGAUCACCCUGGACUUGAGGCGGGAUCUCAACAACGUGUUCUAUGAGCCUGAAAACGACACAGAUAUAGAAGACGACAUGAACGCCACAACCACCACGCCAGCUCCCACCACCAAGAAGGUCUACCCUAAGACCACUCCCCGACCACCGGACCCCAAGUGGAUGGUACCCCUCACUUUUGUUGUGGGUCCACUUAAGGAGGUGGAUGAGGAUAAUGUGACCAGGGUGUUCAAGAAUGCGACGGAGGCUAUGCAGAAUGCUACGUGGUAUGACGUAGGCAACGAUACAAAAUCGGCGAGGACGUCGCGAUGGGCGCAAAACGUAACCCAUCUCAUUUGGAUGAACGACACGGAGAUGACCAUCCCUGACCUCGGUAAACACAAGUGGGUGCGUUACAACGUUGGAGCUCGCGGGCUGUACAGAGUCGCGCCUGACGACAGAUAUUUGGAUGAUACAGAAACAGACGAGGAGGCGAUACUCCGAGCGGCGGCUAUGUACGAGAGCGGGGCUCCGGCUGAAAGGGCGCUGCUGUUGGACGACUUGUUCGUGCUCGCCAGGGUGUGCAGGGUGCCUGCCAGCAGGGCUAUAGCGGCCGCAUCGCGCUUAACAACAGAACUCCAUUGGGCUCCGUGGCGGGUCGCCCUCAACCACUUGUCGUGGUGGCGGGAACUCCUGAACUUGGCCACAUCCGGCCCCCGGGUCAACGACCUGCUGAGCAAACUUCACCCCGCUGUGCAAGUGUACAGUGCACAGCAUUUGGAAAGCGGGAAGCUGGACGAGGAUCAGCUUUGGCUCAGUGGCGCCCUCCUGACAGCCGGUGUGGAGUGGGGCAACGCCAAGGUGACGAAACAAGCGCUGCAACUUUUUGACCCCUGGUUCAAGAACAACAAGACUAUACCAGAAAUCUAUCAGGAGGCGGCGUUCACGGCGGGCGUGCGCGCGCACGGCGAGCGGGCGUGGCGCGCGUGCUGGGCCGCGCUGCUGGCGUCGUACGCCGCGCCGCGCCCGCUCUACAGCCACGCGGCGCUGCUCAACGCGCUCGGCUCCUCCCCUGUAGACUGGCUAUAUAACAAGUUCGCGGUGGUGGUGUUGACUGGAGAAGCCCGGCGGGCGCCCGAUUGGCGCGCGUGGGUCACCUCGCUCUGUGCGUCCGCUUGCAGAUGGCGCGGCGCGGCGGGCGCGCUCCGCUCGUGCCGCGGCGCCGACCUGCCGCCGGAGGCGCUGCAGGCGGCCGCUCGCUGCAUACACCUGCCCGAUGACUAUCACACGUUCAAAAACACAUUCGGCUCCACCCCGGGUGGCGCGGCCGCCCUGGACAUAAUAGCGCUGAACCUGAACUGGAUGGAGCGCGCCGACAACGACAUAACGCGCUACUUCAACGUGCUGGACAGGACGAAACAGUAACCCUGGCUCGCGAUCUAUAGCAGAAACACGAAUGGCAUUAUUUUCUAUCCGUGAAUAAAAAAUAAAGUGGAAAAACAUAAUAGAGAAAAGAGUAGAUGAUGAUUCUCAACUUUGUUCCAAUAUUAUGCAUGAAUGACUUUAGAGCUUGGCAAAAACUUUAAAAUUAGAUUAUUAUUUUUUUACAAUUUUUGAUUGUUUUAACAAUAAAAGUAUAAAUAAUAUUAAUGGAAAAGACA